AUGGGACAGAGAAGAAGCUUCUCAUCAAUUAUUAACCAUACACUAUGUGCAUUUGUAUUUUCAGUUCACAAACCAGAGAAAGUGAGCUGGGUGGAGGCUGCGGGCACCAUCCGGGAUGGACUGUGUGUGUAUACCGCCCUGCAUUCACUAGCACGCCUGGCACCCGGGAGAUCUGUGCUGGUACUGGAUGGAGCAAGUCCCAUCGGCACGCUGGCCAUUCAGCUCUCCCAUCAUAGAGGAGCCACGGUGAUCGCAACGGCCAACAGUGAGGAGGACAAGCAAUACCUGGAUAAGCUCAGACCUGGUGUAGCUCGUGUUAUAGACUUGUCUAAAGGUAAUAUUGACUUGGCAGAGAAAUGUUUGGAAGAAACAGGAGGCCUGGGAGUUGACAUUGUUCUUGAUGCUGGAGUGAUUCUUUACAAUACAGAUGACCACGUUACAAAACCAAAACUUCAGCCUCACAAACAUGACAUCAUCACACUUCUUUCUGUCGGAGGACACUGGGUAACAAGAGAACACAACCUGCAGCUGGACCCACCAGACAGCCACAAUCUGUUCCUGAAGGGGGCAUCACUUUCCUUUCUCAAUGAUGAGAUCUGGAACCUGUCCAAUGCACAGCAAGGAAAAUAUCUGCAUAUCCUGAAAGAUGUGGUGGACAAACUGUCAUGUGGAAUAUUCAGGCCUCAGUUGGAUGAGCUGGUUCCAUUGUAUGAAGCUAAAGUGGUAAUGGAGAUGGUGCAGAAGAAUGAAGUGAAGAAGCGGCAAGUCGUCCAGUUAUGA